CGCGGCGCGCGAUGGGCAAGGGCGGCGGGUGCAUCCCGAGCAAGAGGCACCGCGCCGCCGCCGCCGCGCCGGCGGCGGCGGAGGCGGAUCCCCCACCCGUGUCGCACCGGCGCGAGCGGACCUCGAUCCCGGCGCCGCCGCGACCGGUGCGCAUCUACGUCGUGUUCUACUCCAUGUACGGGCACGUCCGGCGCCUGGCGCGCGCCGUGGAGCGCGGGGUGGGCUCCGUCCCCGGCGCGCGCGCGGUCCUCUUCCGCGUCCCGGAGACGCUGCCGCCGGCCGUCCUCGCGCAGAUGGAGGCCAGGGUGGAGCCGGAGGACGGCGAGGACUUCAUCCCCGUCGUGGACCCCGACGGGCUCCCCGACGCCGACGGCUUCCUCUUCGGAUUCCCCGCCAGGUUCGGCGCCAUGCCCGCGCAGAUGCAGGCCUUCUUCGACUCCACCGCGCCGCUCUGCCGCCACCAGCGCCUCGCCGGCAAGCCCGCCGGCUUCUUCGUCAGCACUGGCACCCAGUCCGGCGGUCAAGAAACCACCGCCUGGACGGCGAUCACGCAGCUGGCGCACCACGGCAUGCUGUUCGUGCCAAUCGGGUACACCUUCGGGGAGGGGAUGCUCGAGGUGGACGAGCUCCGCGGCGGGUCGCCGUACGGCGCGGGGGUCUUCUCCGGCGACGGCUCCAGGCCGCCCUCCAAGCUCGAGCUGGCCCUCGCCGAGCACCAUGGCAAGUACAUGGCCACACUUGUCAAGAGAAUGUUGCACGGCGCCUCGUGAUCCAACCCUCCAACAAAUAGACACCCUCAAUUUUCUUUUCUUUUCUGUUUAUACUUAUA